AUGCAAAUGGUCAGCGUGACCUUGAUUGGCAUUCUUGCUUCGGUUGCUACUGUUCGAGCAGAUGCUGGGCAUGAGUGCUCAAACGAGCACUCCACAGGCCAAUUGCUGCUGCAGACUCAAAUGCGCAGUGUUGGCAUAGUUGCAGCUCUGGAGGAGGGCAAUGAGACAGAGGCGCAUUUUCCAGCACAACGAGCCUCAGUGCCUGCGCCGGCAUCCCAGAGCCAGCAAUCCCAUUCCCCUCGCAGUCCUGAACUACGUGCCGUGCAGGCAGUUCAGCCAGAUGAGUUCCAGAUCACGUACGGCGCACAAGUCAAGGCUGUUGCCAUACUGGCGACCCCGCUGUGCCUCGCUGCGUUUGUGAUGCUCCUGUCCUACCUUUGGCUCGCCAAGGAGAACCUCCUGCCUGCAAGGCCUCGUCAAGCACCCCUCGGGGGCCUCGGCCCUGUGAAGAGCUUUCUGACUGCUUCGAGCUUGAUCGGGCAGAAGCCCAAGCCACAAGACACCAAACAAGUGAAAGAGGUGGAGGAGAUCAAGGAGACCUCGGAGCUGUAUGACUCCGAGCCUGUCCAGAACGUAGCAACGCCUGUAAGAUUGCUGCGACAUGACAUCGAGCACACAGGUGGGGAAAUCGUGGUGGAGGCUUUGCGCCUGGCCGGGGUGCGACGUCUCUUCGGCAUCCCUGGGGUGCAGAACUUGGCGCUCUACAACGCCAUCUGCAGCCCCCCCGAGUGCCUUGAGGGCCUGGAUGGGACGGAGCAAGUUGCCAUGCACCUGAUCGGCAACGAGGAGGCUGCAGGGUACAUGGCCUGGGGCGUGUGGCACCAGGAAAGGCGCCUGGGCUGUGCAUGCGUGAUCGGGGGGCCUGGGGUGACCCACGCGCUGGCCGGGAUUGCCUGCGCCUUCCGAGACCGCACCCCAAUGCUGGUGCUCACCGCUGGCGUGCGCGCCGGCGCCGAGCGCUUCCAGCUCCAUGACGUUGACAACCUGGCUGUGUUGCGGCCGGUGUGCAAGGCCUUGUUUCGCCCCUCCAGCGUGGAAGACAUUGGCAAGGCCAUUAGGGAGGCUUGCGUGGCAGCGCUGGAGGGCCGACCAGGGCCUGUGGGAGUGGAAAUUGCUUGCGACCUCUACAACAAAAUGGGCAACUUCGUGUGGGAGGAUGUGACUAUGCCAACUCCGGAGUUGCCCGCGCCUACUAGACUGGUGCCUGCCAUCCAGGAUGAGAUGGUUGACGACCCCAUCGUGGUCUUCAUCAGAUUCCUGACGUCCGAAGCUGCCAAGCAGGGCCUGGAGUGCUGCGUGGUGGCAGAGCCUGGCCGCUGCGCGCGCCUGGCCGCCGCCGUGGGCUGCGCCUCCGUGGCGCCGGGCUGCGGGGCGCGGCCCUCCGCCUACGCGGCGGAGAGCCCCGGGGCGGCGCUGCCGGCGGCGGUGGCCAUGGCCAGGGGCCAGGCGGACCGCCAGGACCCUCGCCGCGGCAACGUCGACAGACGUGGCCUCGUCAUCGCGCUGAUGGAGGACAUGGCGCUGGUGCCGCAGGGCCUGGAGCUCUCCCAUGCACAUGGCCUUCCACUGCUGCUGGUAACUCUGUCCAGUUCCGGGGUGGAUGGCCAAGGGAUGGCGCGGAGUAUGGGCAUUGCAGCCUACGAGAUGGCAACCCCCACGCACUCCCAGAACCACACCAAUGCGAUACUAGCGCUUCAAGGGGCAGCCUCUUGUCAGACCUCUUUGCUGACUGUGCAGGCUGCAGGUGCUGAUGCCAGCAAGUGCCUCUUCGAUGUUCAGAUGCCGGCGACAUUGCCUGCUGCCUGCAACUCGCUGGUGAGUGCGCUUGCUGGCUCUGGGGUGCAGCUGUUGUGCUCAGCUGCCGCCAACCCUGCCCACAAGAGAAUGCUCCAAGCGCUGCAAGACGCUGCGCAAGGGAGAGACGUGACUGUAGUGAGUUGCACUGAUGCACAGAGUGUGGGCUUUAUUGCUGAUGGCGCGGGGCGGUGCUUCAUCAGCAAAAACACUGCCGUGGGAGCCUGCCUUUUGGAUUCUUUGGAUGCAUUUUCGCUACCGACGCUGUCAGGCGUGGGGGAGGCCUGGCAAGAUGGGGUGCCGCUGCUGCUGAUUGUGCUUAGCACGCAGCCAGAGAACGAGGGCGGGCUGGGGCCGCUGACGGAGUUCUCCAAGAAGCUGCUGGUGGCCGGCGAGGAGAGCUCUUGGGAGGAGCAGGCGCACGCCGCUGCCUCGCUGGCCGCCGCGGCGCCCAGCGGCCCGGUGGUGCUGCUGCUGCCGCGCCAGCGCUUCCUCGGAGCGCUGCGCCAGGCGCGCCAGGACGGGCCUCGGGGGCCCUCGCUGGUGGCCACGCCCUUCCAGCCGGAGGUGCCCCGGGUGCUCAAGGCAGCCCCGGUGCCCAUGGAGUCGCCUUGGUCCCCCGCCAGUGGGGCGGAGCAGGCGCUGCGACUUCUGCUGGCGGCCAAGCGGCCCUGGAUCCACGUGGGAAUGGGCUGCGCCACAGAGGAGGCCGGGGGUGACCGGGGCCUGGUGCAGCAGUUGGCAGAGCUGCUGGAGGCGCCGGUUUCGAGCACCUUCUCCGGGAAGGGAGUGCUGCGGGAGGACCAUCCGCUUUGGCUUUGGCCCAUUGCCGGGCCCGCCAUGCCCCUCCCGCUCAGAGAGGUGGCGGACAGCUGUGACGCCGUGAUCAUUCUGGGGGCGCAGAUGGGGGAGAUCGCCUCAUGCCGCCGCCAGUGGCCUGCACGCAGGAUGAAGGUGGUGCAUGUUGACGCGGACCCCUGCGUGCUGGGGGCCAACUUCGCGCCGGACGUGGCGGUCCUCGGGGACGUGGUGGAGGUCCUGCGGCUCUUGCUCGGCUUGCUGCAGCAGCAGGGCCUGGCGCCCAACCGCCGCGCGUCGGCCGCGGGCGAUCUCCACGACCCCGAGCUGCGCGCAGAGCUGCGCAGGGGCCACGAGUUGCUCCGCGCACAGAUGCGCGCGGAGGCGCAGCAGCUGCCGAUGCAGCACCAGUGCUCCCCUUUCGGCCUCUACGGCGCCUUGCAGGAGGCAGUGCCUCCUGAGGAGGCGGUGUUCGUGGCGGACUCGGGGAACGGGACCGUCCUCUCUGCAGAGUUCCUGCGCCUGGCGGGCUUCCGCAGGUUCCUCGCGCCCACGGACUUCUCUUCGAUGGGCUACUGCGUGCCCGCAGCCAUCGGGGCGGCACUGGCCGCACGCGCCAAAGGCAAGCGCGUGGUGUCUGUCGCGACGGUCGGUGAUGGCGCCUUCUUGAUGACUGGCAUGGAGAUGGUGACGGCCCUUGCCAUGCAGCUCCCGGUGAUUUGCGUGAUUCUGAGAGAUGGCGAGCUGGGGAUGAUCUCUGGGCUGCAGCGGGCCCAACAGAAUGAGGUCUACUGCACCCACGUGCCGGAGCUGAUGGAUAUGGCGGCGCUGGGGACCUCCAUGGGCCUGCCCUCACGCCGGGUGAGCUCCGACAAGGAGGCCCAGGAGGUGGCAGAGUGGGCCUAUGCGCAUUGCUCUAGCGGCAAGGGUCCUGUGCUCAUUGAGGCCAUGGUCUCCUAUGCUGCGCCCUCCUUCUACGCGCGGGGCGCCACGGGCCAGGAGCCCAGCGCCCAGGUGGCCCUGCUGCCGGUGGAGCCCCUGCCUCUUACGCAGCUGCCACUGCCGCCCUCGACCCGGUUGGAUGAGGAAGCCCGUGCAUUUGCCAAGACCGCCUUGGACAGCUGCCGUCGCUCUGGUGUUUGGGACAUCUCAGAGUGCCUGCGAGCGGCUGUGUUGGCGGCGCCGGAGGUGGAUGGGGCCGUGCAGGACGGAGAAAGCUCCUGGAGCUAUGCGGAGCUUGCCUCCCGGGUCUUCCACCUUCGCCAAAAGCUGCUGGAGCUUGGGGUCUCUAGGGGCCAGCGGGUGGGCGUGAUGAUGCCCAACUCGGCCCAGCACCUGGUGGCGCACUUUGCCAUCACCAGCCCCAAGCUCCGGGCGGUGGUGCUGAAUCUCAGCCCUCGGCUGCAGCCCCCAGAGCUGCUGAGGCUCUUGGAGGAUGCCCAGCCUGUCGCGAUGAUCUGCCACCAAGACAGCGCACUGUUGCUGGCCGCCACGGUUGAGAGCUGCGGGAAACGCUGGCCCAUGCUUUGGUCAGGUGCAUCCGAAUGUUGA